GAGCACGAGCUGUGCUGGGAUUGGCCGGAUUCCGUGCUGGAUGCAUGGGUACGGUCGGUGCGGUCACAGCUCGGGCGAAGACCAAACAAUCUGGAAGAUGAACAAGCAGCUUUGGUGAAGGGUUUGUUGCCAGUUGCUGAGCAAUUGUUCCAGUUACAAGCGCUUUCGGACGCGAGUUCUGAGGUCUGGAAUGAUCUAAUGUGGGAGGUAUUGCAGGUUUGUGUUGCCAAAAUGCAAUCAGCGCAGCGGUUUCCAUUCAUGAUGGAGGCAGAGACUGAUGCAUGGGAGGAGGUUGUUGCAUCGUUGCUGGACAGAUGCGAGGGAGCGACCCGUGAACACCGGCUUGCACGUUGGCACUUCGCUUGCGUGGCCUGGAUAGGAGCCGCGUUCAUAGGUAUGCUCCUUUGGGUUUUGCCCAUGUCCGGUCGUCGCACCUUGACGAGCAUCACCGUCGCGAUAUGCCUGGUGGGAAUCGGAGAAGGGUGGCGGCGAUAUGGUUUUGACAUUCCUUGGGGCAGGACGGUGGACUUACUCGGCAGUGAGCGGCCUCCUAGCCUGCAACCUAUCCCAAAUGAUCAUUCUGGGGAGAGCGAUGCCCGCCCUGUUUUGCUUCAGAAGACAGCACCUACCAAGUCAGCUGAUGACUCCUCGGUGAUACUGUUCCCAGCAUUGGGCUCGCUGGUGAAAUUCAGUGAAGGUCCACGAGUGUCUGCAGUGAAGAAUAGCUUCGGAGUUGUGACAGGGGUCUCCUCGGUGGAUGUGACCGUCACUCCUGCAGGUGGCGCGCGUGUGGAAAAAGUGCGGCCCGAUGAUUUUGUGCUCACCUCGCUGGACGAAGUGCCCGGAGGGGAGGACGAGCGCAAUCGGCUGGAGGAGUUGAUGUUGAUUCACGUCCCCACUAGCAUGAAGCAGACCGCCGAACAUUUAGCACCAGACCCGCCGCCACACUAUGCUCCUCUUACAGAAGGCACUCAAGCGCAACACCAAGCCAAGUCCAUCAAGGAAUUAUUGGUUCUGUGGCAUGGGAAAGCGAGCCUGCAGCCUACUUGGGCGAGGUCUUCCUGGGCCGAAGUGGGAAGGCGCGAACCAUUGGAACCGAGAGUCCGGACAUUAUCAUUGCUGCUCUCCCAUGGCUACUUGGGGAAAGGUGUGGGCUCACCUCCGCGAGUCAAAGAGUUGAAGGAGAAGUUGGAGGAAUUGUCAAUCGCCGGUGCGCUCGCCCACACCAGGAGCGCCUUCCGCGACCAAGAUCUGAAACGAGCUGGACCAGAAAUUUACACGUCGAUGAAAUCAGCUGGCGUACGUUGCGUUCGGGAUUGGAUCAACAGCAUGUUUUCGGUGGACCAGAGACAGCAUCCCCAGUACGUGGAGCUGUUUAAUCUUGCGUCCUUGGUGGAUUUCAAAGUCAAGGACGCGGGCUCACCAGCUCAAGUACUCAGCAUGAUUGGGCAGUGCGAUACUUGCGAAAUCGCACUGAGGAGAUUGGCUUCUUGGAUUCACGAGAAGAGGAAGGGGGACAAGGAUGCGGCUCAAUCGAUGUUGGCAGUGAAGCCGUCCUCGUUCGCCAGUGACAUUGCGCCUUCCUGGCUAGUCACAGAAGCUUCAACAUACAGUCAGAGCGAGUACAAGCGCAAGGAAAGACCUCGUGCUCAGUGGACCGACGCCACCAAAGGCAAGGGCAAGAAAGGAGAGGACAAAGGAAAAAAGGGCACGUCGGGCAAGGGGCCUGCAUGCCACCAAACCAUGAUUAUGAGUUGCUGCAGUGCUAUCUUGGGUGUGAUGCAGCAAGCUUUCCUUUGCAUCCACCUUCAUGCCCGCCCGUGGGUGCAUUUUCUGAACUUUUUGUACAGCAGCAAAUGGCACGGGUCUCAGAGGCACUUUGCGUCUGACAGCAGCGGGAAUGCCCAUCAUGCAGCUGAAGACGUUCUCCUCCGCCAGCUUUGGCGCAAGGCCAAGCUUGAGCGUGAGGGCCGCCGCCAGUAUCGCGCUGAUGCUGGGACAGGCGGCCGCAGUGCAGCCGCCGAACUUGUGAAGAAUGCUCGAUUUCAAGACGGUUAUUGUCGGAUUUUGAAGUCCCCAUCACAGGUGCCCUUGUGUGCUUGGCGAGUUGCAGAGCCCAACGACGACACGUUUGUCGACAUGUUGACGGCAUUGCCCCAAGUGGAGGCGGAUUUUUAUGCAAAGGAGGGUAAUUGCAUUGAUUGGACCGGUAAAUCACGCGUGAUCCAGAGCGAACUUGAGGAGCAGUAUGGCUUUGUAGGGGGGAGUUACGACGAGUACGUCAGGUAUUUUCAUCGUCAAGAUUUACCCCAGAACAUGUGGACAUGGAGAAAGUUUUCCGAUGUCAAGGCCAUCAGUGGGUUCGCUUGCGUUCCACAGAAAGACGGCAGUUCCCAGCGCAAACUCUUGAUGUCCUGUUCUUUCAAUUAUUUGCUGACAGAUGUGGAGCAGCGCUCCCGGCUUGGAAUGGCCGGCGCAGGAGCGUUGUCCCGUGUGCAUUUCUCAGAGGAGAAAGUUUCAGCAGCUGUUUGCGACCAAUCCAAUGCUUUCACAAGUUUUAUGGUUCCCUCUUGGUUUCAUGAGUACCAAGCGACACCCCCUGUACCAGCAAAGGCUGUUUGGACGUUAUUGCCACGUGAGGUGCAGGACACCGUCGAAGAGCAUACAUGUGUCUGCCCGUGCUACAUGAGGCUGCCGAUGGGAUGCUCGCACUCCGUUCACAAAUUGAUGUCCAUUAACAUGCGAAUAAUAGGGAUGACGCUGCGUUCGAGCACGCUUCUUGCACCAGGUGAUCGAGCUUUACGUGCUUCCUCUGGAGGUGAGGAGGACAAAGAGCCAAGGUCACAGCAGCGAGACGUGUUGGAUACACAUGUCGAAUUGCAAGGCCUUCCACAUCAGACGGAGCAGAUGGAAGGCCAUGGGCCAAGCUAUUCUGCCAAUACUGCACCUUUUAGUGUUUGGUCGCUGAGUCGAAACGACAAGGGAGUGAGCGUGAAGAUCUUGAACGAGGCGGCAGAGGAACAGUCACGAGUUGAAUUGAGCAGUUUUCGAAUGGCAGUGUAUUUGCAUGUAGAUGACACGCUGGUGUUGAGAAACGGUGCUUGCGCGGAUUUGGCAAGGCCACUAAUAGAUGAAAUCUCUCAGAACAUGGAGGUAGCCGGAUUUCGAGUGCCAGAUCGCAGACAUGGUAAGGAGGUGGAAAAGGUGGUGGGGUUUCGUUUGGACAUGGACACGGGCACCUUUACCUUGCCAGUGAAACGAGCACGGUUGCUAGAGCGCGCUCUUUUGGAACUUGCUCAUGCUCGUUGGGUCGAUGUGGAUGUACUUCGUGCCGUGCUUGGGGUAUGGUCCUUUGGGGCACAACUCCGGAGGGAUUUGUAUUCCAUCCCCUUCGUAGUGUACCGCGUGAUUGAGAUUUGCGAGGGGCAGUUCGUCAGACAGUGGCCGUCCGUACGUGAUGAACUUAUUUGUAUGGCGAGGGCAGUCACAUUCAUGGAGUAUGAGGGGCGUUCGCAGUUCAGCGAUGUCUUGUUCGCAACCGACGCAAUGGGGGCUGAUGACAUUGAUUGUGGGGGUUAUGGAAUUGUCAUGACGACAAUCAACAACAGUGAGCGACAGUCUUUGCUUCACGUCGGAGAGGCUCCAGGGCUCACAAUAAGCAACCUCGACGGCAGCUUAGAUGGACUCAGGGAUCCCCACAAAGAGCUGAAACGUAGUAAGCCUUUUUGCCGACUUCCGGACACUCUGUUCCACGAAGGCCGAUGGAUAGAAGUGCUUGCAGGAAGAUGGAGGCACUCUGACCACAUCACUAUCGGGGAAGCACGUGCCGUCACAAAAUUGUUGGCAUGGCUCAGCCAGGUGCCGUCAUUGAUGGGACGAGUGCUCUUUUCCCUCGAAGAUAACAGACCGUGUGCGUGUGCCAUGACAAAAGGGCGCAGCUCUUCAUGGGGUUUGAAUUUCUAUCUGCGCCGACGAACCGCUUACAGUAUCUUGUGCAACUUCAAACUUUUUCUUCCAUGGUGUCAAUCGUCAUUGAUGCCGGCGGAUCAAGCCUCAAGACGUCGGUGA